AUGGCGGCCCAGAAGGACGACAGCGCCCGGUCGCCGGAAGUGACGGCCGCCAAGGAGACGCCUGUGACGGCAUGGGUCAAGAGCAUCCAGAAGGAGAAGACAGACUAUAUGAACUUUGCUGCGUACAGCAAGGUGCAGCUCGAGCACGCCCUUCGCGCGUCCGACCACCUCGGCGUCCCCAACGGAUUUCGAACGGCCAUUUGUUUUGAGCUUCUCGAAAAUGUGUCGACGCAUUUUGAACGCUACAAGGACCUUUUGCGCGCCAUUCUGCGCGAGUGCGAACAGAGCGUGUACGUGGACCCGGGCGCGGUCCAAGCGAAAAUUGACGCCGGUGGCUCCGUGACGAUGGCGGAUUUUUUCGAGCUCCAGCCCUAUUUCAUCGAGCUCCAAGACACGCGAAUCGAGCAAGCCCAGGUCAACGACGACAUCUCGCUCCUCGAUCGCAAGCACGGCUUUAUGAUGGACCAGCUCGCGACAAAGGAGUCGGUUUUGGACCGCGUCUCGGAACGCUGGGCGCGGACAAUUCUGCUGCAGGCUUUUCACAAUUGGCACAAGGUGGUCGCAGACAAGCGCAAAGUCCGGUCGUCCAUGCAGAAAGCCAUGGGCCGCUGGAAAAAGCGACAUUUAACAUUGGUCGUGCGCAUGUGGCGUCAAGUCAUUGUGUCGGAAAAGCAAAUGGAAGCGCGCCGCCGUCUCUCGACCCUCACCGAGAGUGCGGACGACUGCAAGGACCUUCAGUUCAAGCUCGAGCUGGCGAUCCGCACAGUCCGCGACGAAAUUCAAGUGCUCAAGCAGUCGAUUCAAAAGCACACACUGACGCAAACCGAGCUCCAAGCGACAUUCGCGUCCUUGAUGGAGAGAGUGCUCAGUAGCCACGAACGGCAGCUACAAGAGCUUUCAAACGAAUGGGGCCGUCUCUGCCUCGGCCUUGUCGACGCACAACUGCUGCAUUUGACCAACAUGCUGGGUGCUGUGCCGUACGAGACCUUUGCCGACCCAACGCUGCUACUACGUCCACGCGACGAUCGCGUCGACUUGCUCAAGGUCCCCGAAGACACCAUUGUGCUCAAGUGGACGAGCCGACUGGUUCACGAGCAAAUUCAGUUUCUCGCCAAAGUACCACCCUCUACGAAUGCCAAAUCGGCGGCGGAGAUUGAGAUUGAGCUCUCUCGCGUUCAAAACUUUACCACCGACAUGAAGGGACUGCAAGUGCUCCACACCGUGCUCAAGGUCCUGCGCCGCAAGGUACCCGAGACAAGCGAGCCCUGCAGUGACUCGGUCUUGGACCACCUUUGCUCGUGGCGCUGUCCCGACUACCUCGUGGAGCACAUUGAGCAUGCCUCCGAGGGCAUUGUCCCCAGCGAUGUUAUGUAUUGCAUUUUGAGCUACCUCUUUUGCGAAGAAGCGACUGCAUCCUUGGACGAAGCCACGGCCGCGUGGGACGUUGUGCGAAGCGGAUGGCGCGAGCUCCAAACACCGUUUGAUACGUCGAUGCUCGUGGGCUUCACCCCCGAUACGACCAACGUAGCCGCGAUCGUCGCGGCCAACAAUGCGCUGCAAAACGCCGUGCAAAUGGUGCAGUACGCCUGCUCGGCGCGCGCGGCCAACCAUCAGUUGUACACGGCACUGUCCAAGCGCAUUCACACCAAGGCCAUCGACGUGCUCCUCGUCCGCGUGCACAGUGACGCGCCGUUCGUCAUGGCCAAUCGGCGCGAAGCCCGCGAACGGGCGACGUAUACAACGAUCAAAAAAGAGACACUGAAUGCAAUUUUGCAGUCGGACGUGACAACCGAAGUGCCCAAGAUCGAAGCCGUCUUGGGGGAACAUUACGAGGAUCUCCAGCGCAUAUUCGAAUAUUACGCAGCAAGCGACGUGGGGGAUGCCGGGAGCAUGUCUCUGGACGAAUUUUACGGCUUUCUCAAAGAUUGCAAGCUCAUCUCCAAGUCACUCACGCUCGCCUAUGUCAAGAAGAUCUUUCACGACAUCAACGAAGGCGACGUCGACACGGAACUCGACCCGUUUAACCCCGACAUGGAAUUCAACGCGAGCGAAUUCAUCCAUGCCCUCGUGUGCGUGGCCGAGCGCCGGCUCGGUACAAAAUCGACGCCGUUGAGCCAGCGGGUGAAGCGCUGCUUGUCGGAGUUUGUGCUUGCGAAUGCGUGCCGCGCGAGCAUGGACGGCUUCCGGAACGAGAUGAAUGCGAGCGCGUGCAAGGCUGUGUUUCAGUUGCACCAAACGCUUCUCGAGCGGCUCUACAAGCAGUUUGCCUCGACCUCGGCCACUCUAAGUGCUGCGGAUUUUGUCGUGUUUCUCGAGGAAUGCCAGCUGCUGCCGCACGUGCUUUCGAUAGGCGAUGUUCAAAAUAUCCUUUCCAAAAUCCAACAAGAAGACGAUGUCCUCGAGGGCGGGGAGGCGCCGAGCCACAACAGCGCGCUCGAGUUGACGUUCACCGAAUUCACCGAGGCGAUCGGGGCCGUCGCAUUGUACUACGACCCAAAUGUGUUUACGCCCAUUGCCACACGCCUCGAUGCAUUCAUCGUCCUCCUUGGCACGUCUACCACCGCAGCUGCAGCUACAUAG